AAUAAGAUGGAAGGAAAAUAAGACUUCUUACGUUUUACGGAGUAUAUAUUACGAGUAGGGAAAUAAAUAAUUAAACUCCGUUAAGCGCACGUUAUAUAUAUUGCAUCCAAUGCUCCGUAUAUAUGGGGGGUACAAUAAUGUGAUGUUGUGAAUAUAUUACAAUAACCAAUUCAAUUAACAUAUACUACGUAUAAUAUAAUUAUACUAUUUGGUUAAACAAAAUGAGUUCACAAGAACUAAUUAUAGUGAUUACCGCCCUUAUGAUCAUUAAAAUGGAAGCCAUGACUACCAUCCAACCGUCUGAAGAGUCUCCUCAAGGUUAUCCCGUCAUGAACUCUGCUCCAUUGGAAAUAAUGAAGGAGCAUAAGCAUGAGUUUGGCCGAAGAGAUGGCGAGGAGAUGUCAUGUAGCGAGAGGUGUCGGACUUGUUGUGGAGGCCAUUAAAAUGUGAGCCGAUGGAUUUUAUUGUUUUCACAAAUUUUAACAUCAAAAUCGUGUCCCGUUCUGUGGUGUUUUUUUCCCCUUUUACCUAUGAGAAAGAGCACAUUGUGUAAUCGUAGUUUUCUUUGGUUGUUUUGUGUAAUGUCAUGUUAUUGGUUGCUCUUUAUUUGCAAGUGGUUUCUUUUAUUUUGUGUAAUCAUAUCAUAUCAUGUAUUCUCUAUUGCUUUCUACAAGUGGUUAGGUAGAAAGUUAUAACAUAAACCUAGACAUGAUCAAAGUACGAGUCAGAUUAGAUUUCACACUAGGCCGAUAUGCUAUACUAAGAAAUUUUUAAGGCCCGA